AUGCGUGAUGCUGUUGCUCUCUCGGGUGAGGGGGUCCCACCAGCACCGCCGACGCUCGUGCCGGUGAAUGGGAAUGGGCUGGACACGUCGUUCCGAGACGUGAUCCUGCCCUUGAGCCGGUACGAGCUGGUGCUGGUCAUCGGCAAGUACGUCGUGCUGCACAACACGCAGACACAGGAGCUGAGCUUCGUGACGGGCCAGGAGCAAGCUCUGGGCGAGAUCACAGCCAUGGCCUUGUGUGGGAAGCGCCGCCACCUCUCGGUCUGUCGAGCGGCAGUGAAAGCCGACGAUGGAGGCGCAGACAACUCAAACUCCAAUUCAAGCUCCAGCUCGCCAGCCUCCAUCUCCGUCUACAACGUCAGCAGCUCCAAGAGCGACAAGCUUGAAGCAUCGACCACCACCGGCAAGACUGGAGCCACGCGCCGCAUUUCAUUGCUCAAGACGCUGACCGUGACUUGGACGGACAAGUUCGUGGGCACCGCCUUGUCCCCCGACGGGAAGUUGGUGAGCGCGCAGGCUGCGAACGCGAGCUGGAGCUUGGGCGUGUGGGACUGGGGGCGCGGCCGCCAGAUCGCGCUCUCGGACGUGCACUGUCGGGUGUCUCGCGUGCGCUUCAACGUCAUCGACAUGGCCCAAUUGUCCACGAGUGGGGGCAGUCUGCUGCGGAUCUGGACGCUCUGCGAGUACACACUCAAGCCGCUGGCGAGCUUCAAGUCUGGCGACGAGACGAGGGUCAAGAACGUCGUGAGCUACGCGGAUCACGCGUGGCUGCCCGACGAUGUGCUCGUCGGACUGCUUGAAGACGGUGACGUGCAGUUGAUAGUGAACGCGGAGCUGAUCCAGACGCUUCGAGCAGUUCACAAAGGACUGGGGCGCAUGCUGUGCAUGAGUCCGCUAGCUAGCGGUGAAGGAGUCGUCGUUGGCGGCACCCACGGCCUCGUGUCGGUCAUUCGAGUGGCGUCGAAGAUGCUCAAGGCCAACGAGAAGGAGCUGCAUCUCCAGCGCCGGAUGCGCGUCCCCCACACCGAGCGCAUAGUGAGCGUGACGACGGAUCCUGCGGCCGCCAUGCUCCUAUGCUGCACUGAGAACGGCUACGGCGCGUACGACCUCAGCAACAUGUGCCUGCUUCGUGGCGACGACGAGACCAUCGCUUUGAGCUCCUUGUCGUCCACGCCGCUGUCGCAACAAAUGGAACGACUGAGCGCAGCCUCGAGACGUCCGUGUUUCGCUGCGGCCUGCCGAGCUCCAGACGGAGACGCAGCAGUGCACGUGUGGAACCAAAUGGACUGCCACGAGUGCUUCAUCUCGCACGCGCUGGAGCAGCAGACGCCGCUGAGUAUCGACAUUCACCCAGCGGGCUCCGAGUUGCUCGUCACGUUCUCGUCCAAGCUCCAGAUCUUCUUCGUGCUGCACGACUCGCUGCGUUUGGCCUUCGAGAUGCCGCAGAAGCAGCUCUCGCUCGCGCAGUACAGUCCCAGUGGCGCGUUGUUCGCAGCCGUGCACGCUACCAACAAGGCUGUGUUCGUGUAUCGAAGUCUAUCGCGCGUGCAGCGGGAACCGCAGCUCGUUGGCGUCUUUCGAGAGUUCCGCGACACGGUUGAGGUCUUCCGCUGGGCGGUUCACGACAGCAGCUUCUUCGCGGUUGAUGCGGCUGGGGAGCUGCGUCACUGUCAAUUGCGCUGGCAAUCCGGAGGAGAAGUCGAGGACCUGAUCGUAUCACACGGCGUGGCCCAGACACUUGCGCCGGGCAAUGCCGUCGUGGCGUUCGCUACAAGCUACAUGGACCGAGAGAGCCACGACUACGCAGUCUUCGUGGCCGAAAGGCGUGCUGUUACAGGCUUGAACAAGCGAAGCAGCAGUAGUCACUGUGUCAUCCGAGCGUGGCUGAAUGGGGAACUAGCAUUCGACGCUCUUCACAGCGCCAAUGGGUUGGGUGUUGGCGAGAACAUGCCGUUCGAGGUCACCUCUCUUGAGACUGGACCGGGCUUGGGCGCUAGCACGGCUGGUGAUGGCACCGUGUACUCGAAUCUGCUGUUCAUUGGCACAUCGAGCGGCUCAGUGGUGCUGUUCAGUUGGAAGCGCGGGCCUCGAAGGAGCGAGAGUCACUCGACCAUUCUCCUAACGCAAGCGGUUAAGCGCGUGGACCUGCACACAGCUCCAGUCGUGGGGUUGUUCUACGCGUCUCGGUCGCGCUUGCUGCUCUCCAACGCGAGGAAUGGCGUCGUCUUGGCGAGUAAACUGUGUCGCGAGAGUUUUGGGGAUGGAGAGAGCUCCUCGGCCUUGACGACCGCCAUCCGAGACGACCAGAACCUCCACGACUUGUUCAUCAACUCCUUCACAGGCAUCUGUCAACCGGAGGAGCUGGCCGUGUACGACCGCAACAAGGUGGAGCUCACUCGACUGAAGCUGCUGGACCUGGACAGCGAGCUGCAGCAGUUCAAGAUGGAGAACGAGAUGCUCACUCGACAGGUAGGUGAGCAGCGAACUCGCUUCGAGAACACGCUCCAGGGCCAACUAGCAGCCCAAGCUCGGACGGCUGAAGAGAAACAGAAGGAGCUCCGAGCAGAGCUUGGCACUCGACUGGGUGGCGCCAUCCACGAGCGGGAGGAGAAGCUGCGCUCGUUGUCCGAGGAUGCGCGCUCGGCCCAGGACCAUUACUUGGUGACACUAGAGAAGCUUCAAACGGAGCGCGACUCGCUCCGCGAGCAGCUUCAUGCCGCCAAGCUGAAUUUGGAAGACGAGCAGCAGCGCGCUCAAGAGCGCGACGUGCAGCUCGAGUACGACGGCAGGAGGAAGCUCCGAGAGGCCAAGGCGCAGUACGACGCAGCGCAGAUGAAGCUGGCCGACGAGCUGAAGAUGACGAAGAGGAAGCUGCAAGAAGUGCUGCGCCAACAGGACCAAGACCAGCUCGUUCAGAUGGGGUUGCUGGCUGCGUCCAUCGACUGCGAGAAGCAGAAGGAGGCCACACAGCUCGCUGAGCAGCACGGGAAGGCCGCCGCGUUGAAUCAAGAGGUGAAGAUGCUGCUCAGCGCUCUGAACCAGAAGGACGGCGAGCUGCAGCAAAUGUGCGGCGACUACAACGAGCGUGUGCACGAGAUCGAGAUGCUACGCCAGAAGCUGGCGGACGAGAGAGCGCUCACCAAGCGAGUCAUGCGCGAGAAGGAUGAGACUGCCGCGCAGCUCGCGGAGCAGCGGAGGUUGUUCGAGAACCUGCAGCGCUUAGACGGCGUGCAUCGCUCGCAGCUCGAGCUCCUGCAGAAACACAUUCUACCCAAAGACCGCGAGUUGGCUCACAUGCAGGAGCACCUCAAUCAGCUGCACGACGCCAACCAGGAAGUUGUACUUCAGGCCAACAUCAGCGAUCGUCUGAGGGUGGAGACGUCGUCACUCGCCAGGAAACACGCGCGCGACCUGGAGACGGCGCUCAAGCGUCUGGAGCACGUCCGACACUCGAUUGUGGUGCUGCAAGAGGAGCUUGGGGAGCUCGUCCGACACAGCGCAGUGCAGGAGAAGAGCACCCUCGUGACGGAGAUCGGUCGACUGCAUAAGCGCAUGACGCGCCAACUGGACGCGCUCCAAGCGCGCGGAGACUCCGCGGACGAGGUGAACGCCGAGCUGCAUCGCCAGAACCGCUUCCUGCUGCAGAACAAACACUCGCUGCGCCGACAGGUUGAAGCUGGUAACCUAAAGAAGCACAAGCUCGCAGCAGCGCUGUCUUACCAGAACGCGUCGCUGGUGACGGAGCUGAACACGUAUCGGAAGACCAACAAGGAGCUCGAGCGGAGGCUUCGACGGCAGACGAGAGCCUCCACGAGCAAAGUCUCGCCCAAAGUCAGCAGCGGCGUCCAGUACAAGAAGUAG